UGUCAAUCAUGUCAAGUGUCAAGUGUUAAAGGUUUUACGCCGACGAGACGGGAUCACAAGCAAAAGGUUUCUUAAUAUUUUUGAUACGCAAACCAAAGAUGAUUAAUUAUUUAUUUUUGUAAUUCGAAUUUAUUUCAAAUGCAGUGCCUACUCAUGAAUUCAAAAAGGAGUCAUUUAUUUUGUCUUCUAUUCAGAAGUAGAAGAUACUUGCGAAGCAGUGCAACGAAUGUGGAAACUAUUAAUAAUGUGAAAAGCUUAAGUAAAUAUCUAAACCUAAGUGAGAGUAAAGCACACUAUUUAUGUAUGAAACAUCCUAUUUUAACAAAAAUGAACAAUGACAACCUCGAAAGUUUAAUUAAAACUGUAAAUGAAUUGGGAUUCCCUUCCCACUCGCUAAUUGAGGAGCCUACACUUUUCGCAAUUUUGCCUGUGACCUUAAAGUUUCGAUACAAAGUAUUGAAUGAAUGUGGAAUCCAGAAUAUAUCCAUGUCAACCUUAUCAUCAUACUUGAAAAUAAUUAAACAAAUGAAAGUAGGAGAAUUGAAAUCCUUGGAGUACUUACACCCUUACAUAAAUGUUGAAAAUAGACUUGCAAGCUACAUGACCCAGUGGCCGACAUCUCUUACCUCUUCAAUUUCUGAAGAUAUUGAGAACUCAACAUUAUAUGUGUUACGCCUGAAAAUUAUACAGAGAUAUCUAGAGCUUGUGUUGGACCUUACAAACGAUGAGUUUUACAGAGGUGUUAACACCUAUCCUACUAUCAAACAUCGGCCAUUAGAACAUAUCAAUGAAACAUUAAAAAUUCUACAACUACAAAUUAUGAUACCUAAUCAUAAAAUCAAAUCUAAUUUAUAUUUGAUACAUGCUGAUCCAGAAAAUUUAAAGAAUAUAAUUUGUAAUUUUCGAUCAAUUGGUGGAAUUGAUAUCAAAGAAAUUAUACGAAUGCAUCCUAAAUUGGCUGCUAGAAAUUGUAGCACUAUGAUAGAAAUAAGAAACAUUUUAGAAGAAUAUGGUAUUAGCAGUGAGGCGCAGAGAAGAUGUUUUAGUAUUUAUACUCUAGCUCCAGAAACAAUAAGAGAAAGAAUAGAACAAGCAAAGAAUAUACCUGAGUUCAGUACAUUGAUAAACCAUCCCAGAUUCCUGAAAAUGAUAUAUUACAACACAACAGCAAUAAAGAGACUGAAUAAGCUGUACAGUAAUAAUAAAAAAUGUGUCAGUUUAAAUGUACUGUCUGGAAGUUCAGCACACUAUGAAAUAUUUGAAAAGGCUCCUGGUGAUAGGCUAGGAAAGGGAAAAGAUUUAUUGUUUUGGAUAUCUCAAUCAUUUGGAAAGAAAUUUAAUAUGACACAAAUUCGUAACAUAAUCAAAAGACAUCCUUACUGGAUAAACACACCAGUACUUCAAGUUAAAUCUGUGUAUGAUCAUCUUUCUACUCAAUUUUCUGAUCAAGAUAUUUAUGAAAAUUGCCCUAUACUAUUAUAUCCUUGGAAGAAAAUAUAUGCAGCACUUGAUAUUAUAGAACGGAAACUAAUACAAGAACAAAUACCUACAUUUCAAGAUAAUUUUAGUUAUAGGUCAUUGAGCAAGACUCAAAAAUUAAGUUUAGUUCUUUAUUUAUUAGAGAAGAAACAUUAUUUUUCAGGGAAUGGAGUAUGGGCUGAAGAAAAAAAUAAAAAUUCAGACAAAUUAGAUGAAAAGAAAUUAAUUAGUAACCAAAUAUAAAUAAAUCUUUGAAAAAUAUA